AUGGCACCCUCCUUUGUAUUCCAAACACACGACGAAGUCAUCAACUACAAGGGCUCUAAUACCUCUCUUGACUAUAUCGAUCACGAACUCUCUGCCGGUUUGGAUUCCAGUGAUGCCUUUGAAGGCCCGGAAAAAUUGUUGGAAAUUUGGUUCUCUGAUAACAAUGUUCUUCCUGAAAAUUGGAACAGAAACGGCCUUCGGGCUAUACCCUUGGUGGACAUUGAAGAGAUGCUUUCCCUGGUGAACUGCCAGAUCUUGUCCAAGAUAUCUGGUUUGAACUGCGACGCUUAUCUUCUAAGCGAAUCCUCCCUCUUUGUUUAUAAGAACAAGAUGAUCCUGAAAACUUGUGGCCGUACAACAAUUCUCUCCUGUAUCCCCAAACUAGCGUCUUUGAUCUCCAGCUUUGUCUGUCCACAAUACAAUGAACAGGAAUUUAAAAACAUUUACCAGGUUUUCUACUCCCACCGCACCUUUAUGUUCCCACAGAAGCAACUGGGCACAUACCAGUCUUGGGAUAAUGAAUUGGCGUGCCUUAAUCAAUGGUUUGACAAUGGCAAGCACAAAUCGUAUGUCUUGGGCGAUCAGAAGGAUGCUCAGUGGCAUUUGUACAUCAAUGGUAUGGCAUUUGAACAUGGUGACACUAGGUUGUCCAAUAGAACUGCCACUGAUGCGAACAUUGACACCACCAUUGAAAUCCACAUGACAGGACUAGAUGCAGACGUUGCAGCCCAAUAUUACAUGUCAAACAACAACAAUUGCAGCAACAACAAUAACAACAGACCACUAGGUAAAGACGAGGACAAGGGUCACGUGUUUGGCAAUGAGAUUCUGAAACGGACCAAGCUGGACUGUGUCUUGAACAGGGGAACCACACUGAAACACGAUGCCUUUGCAUUUGAUCCGUGCGGAUUCUCGUCUAAUAGCAUUGUCGAUGGGAAUUACUAUUACACAGUGCAUAUUACCCCCGAGCAAGGAUGGUCGUAUGCUUCCUUUGAGACUAACCACCCCUGUGUCGAUCUGUGGGAGCUUCUGCACAAUGUGUUACCGCUGGCUAACCCGAGAGAAUUCACGAUGGUGAUCUGCAGCAACGACAAUGCCGUCCUAGAACGUCAUGACACAGCGUCUGCCACGAACCCUAGCCGCGUCCCCGGCUACGUGCGUCACGAGUCCCUAAAGACCUCAACGGUUCCAUCUGGCCCGUUGUCUACUGGCACUUCAUCUACUUCCCCCUUGUAUAUAGGAAACGGCUACCACGUGUGGCGCAUGCACUACAUGAAGGAGUAA